AGUUUCAUUUUCCUUUCUGGUAUUCUUUGAGACCGGCUGGCCAGGAUCCUUGCUAGAACUUUCAGGGUGAACAGAUUUCUGGAGUACUGAAGCUGCUGACUAGCAGCCCACUGUUGCCUCACAGACAAUGUUUUCCAUCUUUGAGAUGGUCACUAGAAAUGUGGUCCACGAACUGAACUGGCAGGGAAACCUUAUUCCCCAUGACAGCCUCAUUGACUCGGACAGAUUCCACUGUUGCUCUCUUGUGUGCAAAAGAAAGUGCUCUCUCCCUUUCUUUAAACCUCAAUACGUGGAGACAGGGCUUACUGUGGAUGACCUUCUGGAGGCCUCUGAUGAACAGGAUCGUGUUUCCACAGAGGUGAAAGAGAAAAAGAAUUACAGGAUUGACGACAAUGUGGAUAUUAAGAUGAAUAUUACAUUGAAUGUACCCCAGAUGCCAUCCGCACAUGGGGAAGCUGCGUUCUCUACAGCAUGUAGCUUCAAGUUAAAGUCCUGUAAGAUCUCCAAGGAAGGGAAGGAGUCUUUGUCGCAUCGGAAGCUGAAGAAAAACCAGCCUUCCCUAUUUGAGGCAUUGAAGAAAGCAGGAGAAAACCUGUAUAUGGUGAUAGAAACUGUGGAGCUGGCAGAGGAAGAAAAAGUAGAGAGCAGAUAUUUAGUGGGCGGUUGGUUCCAAUCCCUGAUAGGGAAAAUAAAGGGCUAUAGGAAUGUCAACAGGGCUGUCACCAUCCCUUCUGAGAGUGUCCUUGCCUUCAGAGUAAAACUGCUGGUCUUUAAUGAGGAGUGUUGCAAAAUUUCUGAUCCUAAUGAUAAAAAGUCCUUUCCUUUAGAUCUUCAGACAGAGACUGGAUGAAGAGACCUAUCUUAUUUGAUAUAGUGGGGAUGGAUUCCUUUCAGGUUCCCCACCCCUGGUAGAGAGAUGCUGAACACUCUCAAAAAUUCUGUGAGUCCAUCGUUGACGGGAUGAUAAGACUUGGCCAAUUAAGUUCCUGUGUACAAGAGCUAAGGUGGAUAUAGUUUAGGUAAGAUUUAGUCCUUACUGUUAUGUCUCACCCACUGUGACCAUUAUUCUUUUUUGUUACAGAAAGGCAUAGUGCCUUCAGAUCAGGUAAGAACUAAGUCUACCAGCUACUGAAGGAAGUUGGGCUUCAGACCUCAAAAGGACCAUCAGUGACCCCUGCAAUCCAGGGGUGGGGCAGGAAGUCUGAGACCAAUACCCCACCCAUAUGCCCUGGGGUGGUUCUCCUCAGAGACCCCAACUCCAAGGAGAGUGAGAUCGUCCCUUUCCUUGGCUCUUGAAACCGAGAAGGUCAGGGCUUUCUCACUCCUCCCCUAAAGUACUCAGCCUAAGUGGCUGGGAUAUGGGGCCCAGUAGGUUAUAGCCCAGUUAGAAUGAAGUGUUGGGUUGACAGCACGAAGGGAAACUGUCAACACUCAGAGCCUGCCCCGAAGGGGAGGAUGGAGCCCUUGAUGCCUGGAUUCCUGGCAGGGGAAGAUGAGUUGGGGGAGGCAGCAUGGUGGUGUGCUGGGGUUCUUAACCUUUAACAUAUCAUGGACCAGUCUGGUGGAACUUAUGGAUUCCUCCUCCGAAUAAUGUUUUAAAAUGCAUUAAAUAAUAUGAAUAGCAUUGCAAAGGAAAUCAAUUACAUAUCACAAUUCAAUGAUCAAAAUAUUUUUUAAAAAUCAAAAAAGCUCACAGACUCCAAGUUAAGAACCUCUGGUAGUUGUGUCCCAGUUAGAGUGCUCAACUUGAAGUCAGGAAGACCGAGAUUCAAAUCUUGCCUUGGACUCUUGGUGUGUGUCUCCAGGCGGGCUGCUUAACCUCUCUGGGCCUCCAUGUCCUUAUCUAUAUAAUGAGGGGGUUGGGCUCAGUCUUUCGGGUCCCUUCAGGCUCUGAAUCUAUGACCCAAUGAUAAGGCAAGCAAUCGAAGGGCUGAUGAGACAAAUCCUCUGGCUAGGGCCCCAAGAAGAAAGUGGUCUCAGGAAAGGAGCAGGCAGACUGGCCAAUGCCAGCUGUUCCUCAGCCCUUUUUCUCCAAAUUCAGGAGGGCGGACUGAGGAAUCCUACCAGCUCCUGGAGAACUUUCGUGAUCUGUAGAAGGUGAAGUACUUGAUUUGGGAGCUUCAAGACCUGAUAGAAACGAUGUGGAAGGUUGUGCUAGCCUUGCUUACGAGGCAUCUGCAAGAUGUGACUCUGGAGCAAACAGAGAAAAAGGUGGAGGACAUUCUACUGUAGACCUCCAAGAAUGGGCCAGCAUCAUUCUCUCUGAAGGUUGACUCAGUCACCCACACCCUUGUGAGAAUGUGUGAUGCAGAGUACAAUCUAGACCAUGGUGUCACCUGGAACUCAGAGACAUAUCAUUCACUCUGUGCCCUCUAUAUAGCCCUUUCUGUCCUGCUGCUAUAGCUAUUGCUAUUGCUAUUAGCUCAAGGGCCCAGUUCUGUCCUCUGAUUUUGUUUCCCAUGGUUGGGUAAUUUAAAUCUCAAAUCACCAGAUUGUUGAUCAAAAUAACUUCACGUGAUUUUCUUCCAAAGAAGAAAAGAAAAUGACCAGAGACAUGCACUCUUCUAUCUUUUGUGCAGUAGACUGUAAGCUCCCUGAGGGUAAGGACUGUUUGAUUUUUGCCUUUGUAACAAAUCAGUUUCACAGAAUCUCAGAGUUGAAAGGAACUCUAGAGGCCACCUAAUCCAACCUGUGCCUUGAGGAUAUUAAAUUGAUUCUGUAGUUUUUUUAAUUGAUCCCAUUUACAGUUAAUCAAUUUUGUCCUAUAACUGCCCAAGUCAUGGUUCUUCGUCUCUGAACUUAGUUCAGCAAUUCAGCUGGCCUGUAAUGAGUUAAGUUUAGAAAUCCAGUUUUCCUACUAAUCACUAUUCUAUUCUUGCCUCAAGGAAAUCUGCUAUCCUUGAGGGAUGCAGGUAGAUACCAAGGAGUCAGGUCCACUAUCUCUUAUCUUGCAAGUGGACUCAAACAAUGAACAUUUCUUAGUCACAAGAGUUCAGCUACUCCUCUGAGUUAGUUAAAAGAAAACUUGUUAUCCUUUAUAACUUCAGCUCCUGAAAAAUUCUGUGACACUUGUUUGCUAUCUUUGAAGGCCUACAAGCUGACCUCGUACAUUUCCACAUGAUAUAUUAUCCAUCCUUGCCUGUCCUUGUACAAUUAACUCCCUCCUAGGAGCCAGGGAAUCCACUAUCCCUGGUCCACUCUCAAUGGCUUCAGGAUGCAGAUGGGUCCCAAAAAUCAAUUAAGCACUCCUUUAAGACAGAGACAGAUAGUUUCUAGCCCUAUGUGUUUGCCCUCUCUUCUUAAUAUAACCAACCAUUUUGUCCUUGCUCUCGUGAUGCUGCCAACCCUGUAAUUCACCUACCCAGUUCUGUUCUUUGUUCUACGCUUAUAUAAAGGAGUUGCACCUCUUUGGAUCAUUGGCCUCAUUGACCCACUUUAUUAACAGGUUCAUAUCUUGCUAAUAAAUUGAUAAAGUUCAGAA